AUGGCGACUGGCAAGAAGCCGGCAGGACAGCCUCAGCGGUGGAAGGGCGACGUGAAGCUGAGGCCCGUCCAAAGAAGUGCUCUGGCCACAGAGAUUGAUACAUCAGGCACGACUUGUGUAUGCUGCAAGGAGCAGCAUGAGGUGACAACGUGUCCGAUCUUCUUGAAGAAAUCGGUUGAUGAAAGAGCCCACUUCAUCGCCAGUGCGAGGUGCUGUUUCUUCUGUCUGAAGGCUGGACAUGGCGUUCGGCACUGUCGCUCGGCAAGGCCGUGCGGCAUCGACAGCUGCAAGAUGAGACAUCAUCAGGUGCUCCAUGGCAGCAAGAGGGUCGACCUCAGGAACACUGGCCAGCGCGUGGUAGCAGCAGCAUCAGUGAAGGCGGGCGCGACCACAACCCUGCUGCAGGUCGUACCAGUCACCGUCCUUGCCAGUGGUGGCAAGGAAAAGCAGGUCUGGGCUCUACUAGACCCUGGUUCUCAGACUUCACUGGUGUCCGAAGAGGUAAUGACGCAGCUGAAUCUUCAAGGGGAGCCACAAACCCUCCGCCUGCAAAACGUGGAAGGAUGCGGGCGCCUCCAGAACUCCGUGAAGAUGAAACUGGAGCUCAAGGCGUCAGGUGGCGACGGAUCAAGAAUAGUGGUCCCUGAAGUUUUCUCCGUCAGGGACAUCAACGUCACGGUUCCAGAGCUCCCUGACAAGAGGAUCGAAUGGAAGCACCUGCUGGACCUCGACCUUCCAGACUGCUCAGGGAAGAGGGUCGAUCUUCUUCUCGGCGCCAACGUCCUUGAAGCGGUGCUUCAGCUGGAAGCGAGGACAGGGAAGGCGGGCCAACCGGUGGCCAUCAGAACCGUCUUCGGGUGGACGCUGACGGGCACGGUGAAGGGAUUCCUGCCAGAACGAACGCGCCAGGUGAUGCUGAUCAGGAAGAUGGCUCCAGACGAUCAACUGUCAGCAGCACUCCAGGAGUGGUGGAGCACGGAAUCGUUUGGGAGCAGGUUUGAAGGCCAGGAUGCCAAAUCUCCCCAAGACGUCAGAGCCGUGAAGAUCAUGGAAGACACAACCAGGAGACUGGACAAUCGCUACGAGACGGGACUCCUGUGGAUGAGUGAUGAUGUGUGCCUACCUGAUAACAAGAUGAUGGCGGCCAACCGGCUGUACUCCCUGGAGAAGACCCUGAUGCGACAAUCUGAGAAAGCAGAAGCUUAUAAGAAGGUUGUCGAGGGGUACGUCGAGCGCGGAUUCGCUCGCAAGCUAACCCCAGAAGAAGAUCAAGAAGCACACCCAAGGAAGUGGUACCUGCCACAUCAUGGUGUAACGAACCCCCGGAAGCCCGGGAAGCUCAGAGUAGUGUUUGAUGCGGCUGCGAAGUGUGGCAACACUUCUCUGAAUGAUGUGCUGCUCACGGGACCUGACCUUCUUAAGAAUCUGCCCGGCAUCCUCCUGAGGUUCAGAGAGGAACCCGUCGCUCUGACCGCUGAUAUCGAGUGUAUGUACCACCAGGUCCAGAUAACUCCGCAAGAUCAACCAGCACUGAGGUUCCUCUGGAGAGAUUUGGAUGCAACGAAGCAACCAGAACCAUACACCAUGCAGGUCGCGAUCUUCGGGGCCAGAAGCAGUCCCGCAUCAGCAAACUUCGUCCUGCAGCAGACCGCUAAGGACUGCAGCAGUAGCACCCCGGCAGGGAGAGCAGCUAGAGAAGCGGCACUUACAAGUUUCUAUAUGGAUGACUUCGUCCACGCUACGAGAACCGAAGAAGAGGCAGCUGAGAUGCAAACCGAGGUGACAGAACUUCUCAGAAGAGGGGGGUUCAGGCUGACAAAGUGGAUGAGCAGCUCGCGGAAGGUCUUGGAACGGAUCGAAGCCGCAGAGCGCGUUCAAGACAUCGAUGUCGCGGUUCAGUGUGCUAGGCUGCGCCUGGAACACCAUCAACGACACCUUGGGAGUCAGAGCUGUUGA